GGUCGAAAGCCAAAGGCGAGCGGUUGUUGCUCCGCUUUUGAACAUCACAAAGUGCGCGCACCUCAGCGACAUUUGCGUUUAGAAUCCAGUUGAGCCAAGCGAACGUUUACUGCAACAGCAACAGCAACAGCAACAGCAACAACAAGAACUUGAACAAGUUAACGAAUUAAAUGAGAACAGCUAACAAUUAUCAGCAAUUAACUGAAGAAGAAGUGCUUGAAACUCGCGUUACACUUACAGAACGUACACACAUUUGUUUUUUUUCGGUGCAAAGUGCAGGUGCAGCAGCAGCAGCAGCAGCAGCGCGGAGUCGUCGGCUAACCACACAUGACCACAAUGCCACCGGAAAUGUCCGCAACAACGGCAGCUCCCGUUGGCAGUGCACCGAGUGCCACCGCUCAUCAUCAUCCCGCUGCCGUCGGCGGCGGUAUGCCGCGUCCAGCUUCCCCGGCCGUCGGCAGCAACACCACAACAGCGACGGCCACAACGGCGACGCGAUCCCGCUUCAUGAUCACCGAUAUUCUGGCUGGAGCGGCGGCCGCAUCGGCGGCGGCAGCAGCAGCAGCGGCCGCCCUGGCAGCCGCCUCUUCCGGCGGUGGGCGUGGCAGUCCGACGGACUCGGAGCGGGAGCAAUCGCUGGUCGCCCAGCAUCACCACCACCAUCACCAGCACCAACAGCAGCAGCAGCAGCAACAUCAUCAUCAGCAGCAGCAGCAGCAACAUCAGCAGGCUGCCCUGCAACAGUACAUCGUGCAACAGCAGCAGUUGCUGCGCUUUGAACGCGAGAGGGAGCGGGAACGUGAGCGGGAACAUUAUAGGGAGAGGCAUUCGCCGCCCGGCAACAACCCCUAUGCCCACCACCCCAUGCCACCCCAUCUGCUCGCCCACUUUCCGCCCGCCCACUACGCCGUGCUGCAGCAACAGCAGCAGCAGCAGCAGCAGCAACAUCCCCACCCGCAUCACCUGCAGCUGGAGAGGGAACGUUUGGAGGCACUGCAUCGGCAUGGCCACGGACUGCCCGGCGAUCCUGGCCAGCAUUUGAGCCACUUGAGCCAACUGAGCCACCAGCAGCACCAUCCGCAUCUGCAUCAUUCCAUGCACGAUGAGCGCUCCCGUUCGCCGCUGAUGCUGCAGCAAUUGGGCGGCGGUGGCAGUGGCAAUGGCAGCAGCAACAACAACAACAGCAGCAGUGCCAGCAACAACAAUAACAACAACAGUGCUAGUGCCAACAGCAACAUCAUCAGUGGCAACAGCAGCAGCAACAGCAACAACAACAAUGGCAGUGGCAACGGCAACAUGUUGCUCGGCGGAGCAGGCAGCAGCAUCAGCGGCGAUCAGGCGAGCACCAUCGACGACAGCGACAGCGAUGAUUGCGGUGGCAAGGACGACGAUGGCGAGGACAGUUUGAAGAACGGCAGCUCGGCGAACGGCGACUCCUCGUCGCACUUGAGCCUGAGCAUGAGCAAGAAGCAGCGGAAGGCGCGUACCGCCUUCACGGACCACCAGCUGCAGACGCUGGAGAAGUCCUUCGAGCGGCAGAAGUACCUCAGCGUGCAGGAUCGCAUGGAGUUGGCCAACAAGCUGGAGCUGAGCGACUGCCAGGUGAAGACCUGGUACCAGAAUCGCAGAACCAAGUGGAAGCGCCAGACGGCUGUUGGCUUGGAACUGCUGGCCGAGGCGGGCAACUAUGCGGCCUUUCAGCGGCUGUACGGCGGUGCCACGCCCUAUUUGAGCGCCUGGCCGUACGCGGCCGCCGCUGCCGCCCAAUCGCCCCACGGCGCCACGCCCUCCGCGAUCGAUAUCUAUUACCGCCAGGCGGCCGCAGCAGCAGCCAUGCAAAAGCCCUCGCUCCCCGCCUCGUACCGCAUGUAUCCAUCAAGUAUACCGCCCGGCAUGGCGCUACCGGGCAUGCCCGCUCCCCCGCCCCCCGGCGCAGCGCCCAUGCUUAGCGGCUACUAUGCCGCUGCAGCGGCAGCGGCCGCAUCCGCCGGCGCCCAACAGCAGCAGCAGCCGCCAGCGGCAUCCCGCUCACCAGCCACCAGCCAGAGCGCCAAUAGCGAGGCGGACUGCGAGCGGACCAGCAGCAGCAGUCGCCAGCGCCUGAUCACGCCCAGUCCGCCCCUGAAUCCGGGCAGUCCGCCGCAUCGGGAGCGGAUCGGCGAGGAGGAGGACAGGGAGCGGGAUGAGGAGCGGGACAUCGAACGGGAGCGGGAGCGGGAAAGGGAGCGGGAGCGGGAAAGAGAGCGCGAACGAGAGCAGGACGAGGAUGAGGACGAGGAACUGGCCCUGGAGGUCUGAGAAUCCCCGAGAGAAUUCAUCCCUCCUCCACAGCUGGAUCUCACAAAUUUGUCUAAAGAAAUGAGCAAGUGGGCGGUGUGUAUUCGAGAACUAUGAAGUAUGGUGAACAUCUUUUCAAAAAAGUUGGAACACAUUUGUUUUUUCAUAAAUUGUAAAGUCCAAAAUAAAAUCGAAAUACACAUAAACAUAGAUAGACAUGCGAUUUUUAAGCAUAUGUAGCUGCGUUCAUAUAUUGUAUAUGUGGUUUCCCCAGAACUGCAAACCUUUUUAGAUAUUAUGUCAAAACUGUUUCUCACAUUCAAAAUGUCUGCAAGAGUUUUGCAACUACAAAGAAAUACAAAUUUAACGACCAAUCGAAAGUUCAUUACUCAUAGAAAGUUCUAAUAAACAUACCAUUAUUUUAGACACAGCUGUAGAUAAAAUGUGCUUGCUAAAAAUCAUGUCUAAACUGCCACGAAAAAUGUACAUUAAAAGAUGUUUGUGGUAAGCUAAUAAAAAUUUGUAUAAAAUCUGGAAAAUAUAUCCACAGAAUUACCCAAAAAGUAACAGUAUUAGACACUACCCAUGUUCAUCUGUUUCCCAGAAUAGCUACGCCCAGUAAUUGUGAACAAAAAAACAAACGUAUAUAUAAAUCAAAUUUUUUUUUUCUAUAUUUAAUUAAACCUAGCUUUAGAUGCAAUUUUGUACAUUUUUGUAAAUGAUUUUUGUACAUACGCAGCAGACCAACAACAUAAGCAACACGAUUUUUUUCCAAACAAUAUAGUAUUUUUUUUUUACAACUUUUUUUUUUUUUUGUGCCUAGUCUUAAGACGUCUAUUGUGUGGAGUAAUAAUAAAGCGAAGAAACAACAAAAAGAGCAA